AUGUAUUGCUUCAACGACACGGCAGUGGUAAGUUACCUUCCUUUAUGCAACCGCCAACCGGGCGAUGCAGCAGGACAGUGCCACCCUGCCAAAAUAGCGCGGCUUCCCUUUGCGCUGGAAGUGGAGGUCAUGACUCGAGCAAGGCCCGUAGGCCCGUCGAUCCCGCAAAUGACCAUCUCGCAGUUGCUGGUUCUUCUGACUGGCUACACCAUGGACCUGCAAAAGAUGACCUACCUUGGAUUUUUGCACGACAACCAUGUCGGGAACCUUCUUCUGGUCGGAACGGGUCAGACUCAGAGCCAGAUGGCCUGGCAUGACUUUGGUGCUAGAAGCUACUUCCAAAACGCCACGAAAGAACAGUUCGAAAGCUUCAGAGAGCACUUCGACACGUGCUACGACACUGUGAUUGAACAUCUCAAGACUCGCCGCGGCACGGACGGCCUCAUUGCCGAAGAGAAGUUGCAGCAGGCGAUCAUGCAAUGGGCCGACGGCAGCAUCGACAUCCGGCGUUCGGUGCUGCGAGCAUGGAGCCGAGCAUUGACACCAACAAGAUCUGAUGAACUUCGUGAUUUUCUGGAGCGAGGCGCUACCUCGGCGCCGUCCACUGUCUGGGUGCGGGAGCUAGACAGCAAGGAUGGCAAGGAGUUUGAGCCCACGGGCAAUGCGUUCCAAGUGAAAGGAGCCUUCGCCAACGCUGCGACCUUAGCUGGGCCACUGAAUCGAUUGCCUCAGUACGCAAUCAAAGCGGAAGAGGAACUGUCCAUCGCAGCAAGCAAGAUUGACAUAUACAGCCAGAAGGAUGACAGGAACUGGGAGAAGGAAGAAACGAUGUCAGCAAGUCUGCGCGACACAACUGAGCCCAACACUUGGUUUCGAUGA